CACUAGAAGGCACAAUGAAGGAAGGGGAGCCAGGCCCUUUGCAAGCAUUACAUGGCCAGCAUACAGUCCAUGGGAACAAACGCUCUCGAGAAGCAAUCUCAUCCCAGGAGAUGCACAGUGUUAUGAAAAUAGAUUGCUGCCAGCGAAGAUGUUGCAGCUAUUUCACACCUGAACAAGUCGAGGAAAGCCGGACAGAAUAUUGGGCACUACGGCAAGCAGAUCAGCGGAAGUGGCUGAGAAAAACAAUUCGAGAUGCACAGGGCGUAUACAAAAUCCAUGGCCAUGUUAUCUGUGAAGAGGGAUUCUUGGUCAUCCAUAAGAUUGGAAAAAGAAGGUUUUGGAAUCUAAAGAAAGGCAAAGAGGCUCCUGCUUCUGAAGUUCCCAGAGUCAGAAGACCAACUGAGGCAGGAGUACAUGCAGCUAAAUGGCUCGAGGACUACAUCAGGUUUUUUGCUGACAGACAGCCAGACCGUGAGGAGCUGCAUCUUCCUGCAUGUCUGACCAAAGACAUGCUGUUCAAAUCAUACGAAGAUGAGAUGAAGCAAGGCAAAAUUCGACCUGUCUCAAGGAGCCGGUUUCACGAGAUUUGGUUGCAACAGAUGCCGAAUGUAAAAAUCAGAAAGGAUCCAGAUGAUCUACCACAGUGCCAGACAUGUGCCACAAUACAGACUGGCCUCAUGCAGUUGCCAUGCAAACAAGAUCGAGAGAAAUUCUUAAAUCUGAGAUCAACUCAUCUGGAAUUGCAAGCGAGAUGUCGCAAGAAAUAUUACAAACACAUAAGAAAGGCUGCCAAAGAUGGACUGGAAGGGCGCCACUUAUCGCUGAUCAUAGACGGUAUGGACCAGGCCAAGACACGUUUGCCCCGUUUCAGUGUCUACUCAAAGGCCGAUGCUCAUCUUCACAAAAUGCAGCAGCAUGUUACUGGCAUCAAGGUGCACAACACAAACCAGACAUACCUGAUGACAUGGACUGAUACACUUCAUCCAGAUGCCAAUGUGACAAUAAAUGCCCUUGUCCAUGUUCUACAUGACAUCAGUAAAGAAACGGGCAGACUACCGGAAGUUUUGUACAUCCAGAUGGAUAACUCCGGAAAGGACAACAAAAAUGUGUUCAUAAUUUUGUUUAUGGCAUGGCUUGUCAGAAGAAGAGUAUUUCAGAAGGUGAAAAUUGGUUUCCUCAUGGUUGGGCAUACGCACGAGGACAUUGAUCAAGUUUUCUCGCGUGUGUCCAGUCACCUGAGAAGGCAGGAAGUCUUGACCCUGCCGAACUUGCACAAGGAGAUGCAAGACUCCCAGCACCCAUCCCCGAUCACAACUCACCUUGAAGGAAUAUUUGACUACAAGAAGACUAUGGAAGGUCAGAGAGAUCUGAUAGAAGGCAUCUCUGUACCACACCACUUCAUAAUAGCAGAAGAUGAUGGCUGUGUUAAGAUGCGGUACAGAGACUGGCCGGACACUCCAGAUAAGAGCAUUGAUUUGACACCAAGUAUUCCAAUAGAAUAUUUGCAAGAACUUGUGCCAGUCAACAGCAAAUUUCAUAGGGAAGCAGAGUUUAUGGCAACAGACAUUCCAAAAUGGCAAACCUGUGGAAAACUACCAAGCUCAGCAGUGGAAUGGUGGAGGUUUUUUUUAACAGAUGCCAGCAAAACAACCAAGCCCAGUGUUGCAUUUGUGAAUGACCUGCCUACACAGCAGCCUAGUCUACAAACAGCCACUCUUGAACUGGUAACAACCCUACUCGAAGCUACGGAGCAUCAAGUGAAGGCCCACCAGAAGGUUUCAAACCUUAAAAUUAGGAAGCGGAGACAGCUCAGGGUGUGAAAAAGAAUGAGAAACCUGUAUAGACUUACAAAAAAUGCAGUUAUGGAAAAUAUUAAUUUCAGAUAACAGGAUUAUAACAGUUCAUUAAACAGGUGAACACACAACAAUAUUAAAAGAUUAGUGAGAGCUAAAAGAUUUACAAUGAUCUUUUAUUGUCUAAUGAGAGAGAAAUAUCAUGUUUUCUGCACAUUUCUUUCAAUUUAAACUCAUCCUUUUCGUUGUAUUAACAAUUGUAUCAAUUGUGGUACAUCUUAUUUGGGAGUAAGAGUGCAUCUUUAGAGCUGCACUCUCACAGAUAAAUGGUUUUUGUCAUUUUUUUAAUUCUUGUCUUGUAAAGAGUUAAUUUUUGUGUAAACAUCUUCAAACCAGUGAUAAAAGAUCAAAUUACAUAUUUUCAUAUUUCCUUCGAAAAUAAAUGUUUUA